ACAGAAAUGGGUAUCCUUCUGGGCAUCCUUUCCUGGCCAAACUCUUCAUCCUGGACUGCUCCCAGCAAUUCCAGUUUCUCUGGCUUGAUGAUUGCAAACUUACCCACUAUUUGGUAUUUGGCUGAGAAAGGGGUCCUGGUUCUGCUAGUGAUUGUGACAAUCUCAUUUUUUUUGUGGAUUUUAUUCACAUACUGGAGGGACAGGUGGCUGACUACUGGGCUGUCACUGCAGAUCUUUGCUCCCUAUGUGCACCUGAGUGGCAUAAGUAUGAUGGUUAUCCUUUCCUGGCCUGUGGGCUUCUACUUAAUCCAUUUGGAAGAAGAAGCUAGAAUCAGAAGAUACAAGAUGGCAAAUUAUGACAGAGAAAAAACCAAGAGAUGUAAUACACUCACAAAGUUGAGAGCUCUACAGGUGGCUAUUGGAUUGCCUUUUUUCCUUAUCCUUUUAUGUCUCUAUGUUAUUCCAUUGGGGAUUCAUUCUCCCUGCAUUCAGGAGGAGGGUAAAUUGGGACCCAAGCCAGACUUCAUUGGACACAGAGGUGCACCCAUGUUGGGGCCUGAGAAUACCAUGAUGUCCUUUGAGAAAGCUGUUGAACAAGGGGCCUGGGGGCUGGAGAGUGAUGUACAAUUAAGUUUAGAUCAUGUACCUUUUCUUAUGCAUGACUAUGACCUGAGAAGAACAACCAAUAUUAAGGAGGUCAUGCCAAAUGCCUCCUUAACACAUCCUAGCUUCUUCCAGUGGAGUUUCCUGUCGACUCUGAAUGCAGGCAAAUGGUUUGUACAGUCACCGUUGAAACCAUUUUACAGAAUGAAAGCCCUAUCAAAGGCUGAUCGUGAAAGAGCAGAAAAUCAGACGAUUCCAAAACUAAUCGAUUUAUUGGAACUUGCACAGAAGGAAAAAAAAUUUGUGAUGUUUGAUCUUAAUGCUCCUCCACGAAAACAUCCUCUCAGAGGCACAUAUAUUCGCCGUGUAGUACGCUUAAUCCUUGACUCUAAAAUUGAGCAACAUCUGAUUUUUUGGUUGCCAGCUUUCGACAGGGAAUAUGUCAAACAAGCAGCUCCUGGUUUUCAGCAAGUGGGCAGGUUAUAUUCCAUUGAACGUCUUAUAAAAGAAAAUAUCAGUAGAAUAAACGUUGACUACAAGAGGUUGUUCUACAGUGGGUUGAGAGAUUAUAAAGCAGCUAACAUCAAAAUCAACUUGUACCUUGUCAAUGAACCUUGGCUCUACUCACUGGCCUGGUGCUCCAAGAUUCACUCAGUGACCACAGACAACAUUCACAUCCUGAGUCAGCUAGAUCAGCCUUACUUCCUCAUGACACCAGGUUACUAUAUGUUUAUGUGGCUUCUCAUGGAUAGUGUUUCUGCGGUUCUCAUUGUUACCGUAUUUUAUUUUCAUUGGUGGAGAGAGCACAAAAAAGAAAUGAUUGAUAAUGCCAGCAUUCACACAGGUAAAUUCAGUGGUAAAGAUCCUGAAAUGCCAUGCACCAGCUGGCAGAGGGUUGAACUGAUGAAAUGCUUAGAGUUGCAGGAAUGGAUCCAUAGCGACCAUGAAAAAAUAAGUUCAGAAAGGCUAGAAGUCCAAGAUCAGUGUGUCAGCAUGUUUGGUUUUUCUGAGGCCUUUCUUGGCUUGCACGUGGCCAUCUUCUUCCUGUUUGCUCAUUCUCAGAGUGUUAGCCACCAAAAGAGAGAACUUGGGAGUCAAGAAUCUUCGAAUUUAUUCAUAAAUUCUCCUUUCCGAGUUGUGGAAAGUCCUUGGACUCUAGCAUCCCUCUACCCAGCUUUAACCAAGAGCACAAGGAAACAUCCAGGCUCUCACCAUCUUUUGGUAGUCCCCAAGAAAAAAGCCAGUGAACCAGAGCAAGUCAGGGAAGCCAUCAAACCACUGAUGCCUCAUGAGGAUGUUGUUAGACAGCUGGCAUCCACCAAGAAGUCAUUUGAACCCACGUGGGAUGAUGCCAGAAAGUAUACUCUCCAAACUGCAUUGCCUCCCCUGAAGAUGAAUAAACCAGCAGUUUCUUCCAUAGAGACCUCUCAGUCUGAAAUAGAACCUGAAAAUAUCCCCAAAAGUAAACCCUCCCAAGAAUCCUCUCUUACCAUGUUUUCUCCCACAUCCAGCAUGUUCUCCGCUGGGCUGGUUUCAAAGAAGAAUUAGCUACAUGUUGCCUUCCUCUUCCUUUUUGUUUCUGUGCCUAAGAGUGGUAAUGGUGGUGACUUGUUAAGAAAGGAGCAGAAGGGCCAUUGAGGCUCUCAGGAGGAUC